AUGGGCCAGAACACAGAGAUAUCGACGGCUUCCGGCAAGAAGCGCUACGCCCUGGUCGGCACCGGCGGGCGGUCAAGCUUCUUCUACAGCGCCAUCGCAACCGACUACAGCUCGACGUCGUGCAUCGUCGGGCUCUGCGACACCAACCAGACGCGCAUGAGCUAUGCCAACGACAAGCUCGAGUCACUCGGCCACGCCAAGGUCCCGACCUUCCUCGCCGCAGACUUCGACGCCAUGAUCAAGGCUACUAAGCCUGACGAGGUCAUUGUCACCACAAUGGACCGCACCCAUAACAUCUACAUUGUCCGGGCCCUCGAGCUGGGCUGCAAUGUCGUUACUGAGAAGCCCAUGACCAUCGACGCCCCCCGCUGCCGCGAGAUCUUCUCGGCCGUCGACCGCACCGGCAAGUCGGUGCGCGUCACUUUCAACUACCGCUACGCGCCGCACAACACAAAGGUCUUUGAGCUGCUGCGGUCCGGCGCCAUCGGCACCGUGACGUCGGUGCACUUUGAGUGGAUGCUCAACACGUCGCACGGCGCCGACUACUUCCGCCGUUGGCACCGCGACAAGCGCAACAGCGGCGGCCUGCUCGUGCACAAGUCGACGCACCACUUCGACCUGGUCAACUUCUGGCUGCAGACGCGCCCCCUCUCCGUCUACGCCCAGGGCGACCUCAAGUUCUACGGCCGCGAGAACGCCGAGAAGCGCGGCGUCACCAAGUUCUACUCGCGCACCCGCGGCAGCGAGCUGGCCAAGGACGACCCCUUUGCCCUCGACCUCGAGACGGUCCCUGCCCUCAAGGUCAUGUACCUAGACGCAGAGCACGAGGACGGCUACUACCGCGACCAGAGCGUCUUUGGCGACGGCAUCAGCAUCGAGGACACGAUGAACCUGCUCGUGCGCUACCGCAACGGUGCCGUCAUGUCGUACUCGAUGACGGCGUACGCGCCCUGGGAAGGCUUCCGGGUCAACUUCAACGGGACGGGCGGCCGGCUCGAGGUGGAGGUUGUCGAGAACAGCUAUGUCAACUCGGGAGGCGAGCAGGCGCUUGAGGGCUCGCUCGAGCGGCGGUCCAUCUUGCUGAGGCCGCUGUUUGAGAAGCCGCGCGAGAUUGAGAUUGGCGGCAGCACGGGUGCGCACGGAGGCGGCGACACGGUUCUCCUCAACGACCUCUUUGGUGAGCCCGUGACGGACGAGUACAUGCGGGCCGCCAGCCACAUCGACGGGGCGGCGUCUAUCCUGACCGGCAUUGCGGCGAACAGGUCGAUCGCUACGGGCCAGGUCGUCUAUGUCGACGACAUCCUGCAGGUUCCUGGCUAG